AUGAUAACAAAUAUAUCUGCUACUAACGUCGGCCGAGCAAAUGAUCUAAGUUUGUCGAGGGAUGCUCCCUACAAAGCAGAAGGCAUCGCAUUGUGCAGUGCUUUUAUUUUGACGUUUGUUUUCAUUGUCGCGGGAAACUCCAUCACCAUCAUUCUUUUUGCGAUGAACAGAAGUUUACGCAAGAAACAUCUGUUUCUACCCAUCAACAUGGCGGUUGCUGACCUGUUGUUAGGAGCUGUAACUUUACCAAUAUACAUUUAUCAUGUUGGCUUCAGUUUCCAGCUGUGGACCAGCCGGAUUGGGGAUUUAGACACCAACAUGUCUCUCUCUAUUUUUCGCAUGAUUCUUGAUACUACUUUCUCACAAGCCUCACUUAUUUCUGCAGCUUUCAUAUCCUGUGAGAGAUUUCACGCCAUAAUCUGGCCGUUUAAACACGGAACAUUUUCAACGCGAGUAUACGGCAUUGUUAUUUGUACAGCAUGGAUAGUCGCUCUCCUUGUUUCUGCGAUCUCGGCUGGAACGUAUGUCUUGCAGCUGCACGAGUAUGUUAUGUAUUUUUGGGUGCCAUACACUUUCAUUCUCAUGUGUAUAAUAUGUGGUUGCAACAUUGGCAUUUUGAUAAAGUUUCAUGGAGAGGGUGCCUCACCACCGCAACUAAACAGAGACUCAGAAACAAACAGAAAUAAGCGCUUAACAAAGACCUUGUUAUUUGUAUCUUGCCUGGCUUUGAUGGCGUGGUUGCCUUUGAUUAUUGCUAACGCAGUAUCUUUCUGGCUUUUUCAUCUACAACAAACCGUUUAUCAUUUGCUAAACCUUUUCAACUACUCCAAUUCUUUUAUCAAUCCAGUGGUUUAUGCAUUAAGAAUUGCCGAGUUUCGUCAAGCUCUGACAAUUUCUUAUUUCCGAAGACAACCAGCUAUGAACAAUCCGCUUAGGCACUAA